AUGGUGGUUGAGUUUAUCCUUUGGUACUGAAAAAUAAAGCGAAUCUACAAUUUUUAGUUUUCAGCUCAUAAUUUGCUUAACAUGUAGACGAUAACAGCAGGAUAAACCGUUCCAGAAGUGCAGUGACAACUGAAGUUGCUAGCGGAUAAAGCAAUGGCAAAGAAACAAAGAGUGAUACCCCGUCUCAAACCGGUGCCGUACACACUUGCGGACUUGUCGACUUCACUGCGACAGCCUCAACUUGUCCCUGCAACGGUUAUAAAUAAUGGACGAUCACAAAUACAGUUAUACUCAACGCCAGAUCUUCCGAACAACAAACGUGGAUUCAAAUAUGUGCCAUGCAGGCCAAAUCCUUAUUUAGACUCUGUUCUCUAUUCUACUACAGACUUACCCCCGUACGGUGUGCGUUGGUCUUAUUUUGACCGUUCACCCGAGAUGUUUGUUGAUCAAAACAUGACUUUCGUUGGGACCCAGGAAAGUGAUGGGUGGAGAAGUACCCGAGCUAGUGUGGGGAUCAGAGAGGGAUCGUGGUAUAUUGAGUACCGGAUUAUCAGUGGCAUCGGUGAGAUGGAGAAUGGAGAUAAUUUUGAGAGGCAGACCUCAGAAUUAUCCAGGUCAGUAACGCCAAUGCACAGUAAUAUCAGUAUAGCUUCGCACGUUAGGCUAGGAAUUGCCCGACGGGAAGCAUCCUUGGAAGCUCCUGUUGGAUUUGACGGGUACGGGUAUGGAAUCAGAGAUAUAAGCUGUGAAAAGGUACACUUGAGUCGGAGAAGCGAGAUCAAAGAAGGUGACAACGUAUACUGCAAUGAUGAUCUGAAAAUAGGAGAUGUGGUAGGCUUAUUGGUUGAGCUACCAGAUAUGAAAACACAGACAAAAAUUGCCAGUUCAAUGAUAGAUCGGAAAACUUUAGCCGAUCCACAUCUUGAAACGGAUCCUGGGGAUGGUAUUGGUCACAGCUCAACUAACCAACACUCUUUCAUUGAAAAGGGCAUAGAGAGGGAAAUGAUUCCAAUUAAAUACAAAAGUGAACUUUUUUUUGAAGAGUAUGAGUACACAUCUUCAAAAAGCAUGGAGCAUUUGUUGAACCCGGUAACGGUAUUUGGGGAGCGUGCAAUUCCGGAUAAAGAGAAAUUUCAGCCUGCAAAGCUACCCAACUCUUCGAUCACUCUUUUUGUCAAUGGAAAAAGAAAAGGAGUGCCCUUUGAAAACCUCUUUGCAUUUCUCCCUCCGGCAAGUGAACAGCGAAUGGCUCGGAGUGCCAGUAAACCCUCAAGCAAAAAGAACCGUGAGGAAGAAAGUUUUAUAGUCGAUAGAGAUGAUGGAGAACUUGGAUACUAUCCCAUGGUGAGUAGUUUCAGAGGUGGGGUAGUUGAAAUCAACGCUAGCGGUGAAGUCUGGCAGAAGCCCGAAGAAUUGAAGGAGAAAUUAGCAAAAGGGGCUGUCAGACCCUAUGGCGAUCGUGUGAAGUACAAAGUCGUUGAAGAGUACGUUUACGAUCUAGUUGAUAACGCGGUGAACAAAUAUUUGGACAGGAAAGAAUAUGCAUUGCAAUGAGACAUUUGUAUAAACCUAAAAUUACAUCUAAAUGACUGAUAGUAUUAGAAAUCUAAAAAGAGUAGAAUGAUUCGAACGUUUCUGAGCACCCAUCGUUGGGGCAAGAGUUAUCAUCUCUCGACUUUUGCACUAGUUCACAGCAAUAGCGGUGGAAGUGGACGUGGCAAGAAGCGUUCGAGCACGCUAUUCCUCUUGUUAAAAUAUCGCCACAUCCGUAGCACACGCUAACUGUGCCUUCCGGGCACUUCCCAUAUGUGUCUAUUAAAUACUUUUUGAGCUCGACAAGGCCUCUGGGAGCCAAGGUAUAGUUGUUAAGAUUGCGUUCCAACCAGCCGUAACAUUCCAAAUCUUUGAGAAAGAGAUCAGCCUCUUCCAAUGUGAAACGAUUGAUUACCGGCGCAUCGUCGUCAUCUAGUUGCCUCGGCCCAUCCCUCAG